GGUUUACUCGUUUCUGCUCUGCAAAGAUAUUUGAAGUGUAAGUGAUAGACAACUGUAAGGCAGAAAAAGUGUGCUGUUUCCCCUCCACAGUAGCAGUCAGGAACUUGUAUGUCAGGCGUUUAAUGACAGUAUAGUAACCGUAUACAUUUCGAAUUUCGCUUAGAUGUAAUUACUGCCAGUUAAACUCUGUCUUUGUGGUUUGUGAGCGGCUGAAGACGCGCUGACGGUGGUGAUGAAGUUCUCUCGCUCGCAGCCGGCCAUCUUUGAAGUGUGUAUCAGAUAAACACUCGUCUUUGCGCUCGAUCUUUUUUCUUCCUACUGCUUUCCGGGGCUCAAAAACGGAUUUUCGAUCCCCGGUGUUUGCUUUUUGUGCACAUACUCGAUCUAGCGACCGAUCCGUCGAUUUCCUGACGCUAGCUCUGCGGGCCGAGGCUGUUUCGCCGACGGGGAUUUCAGCUCGCUUUUCCUGUCGCUGGCGUGCAGGAUAUUACAUAAUGUGGCGCUAAGCAGUUGCUGUCGCCCGUCGCCACUUCUGUUUACAGCCAAGACAACGUUGUCGUCUCUCGAUCCCGUCGCAAACGCGAGCAGUGGGUAGCGGUACUCCACGAUGGGCAUCAGCAGGAUCUACGUUAGCAUAGGCUAUGCUAUCUUCGGCACCCUGGUCGGACUCUCGGCGUUUCUGGUCUGGACCAUCGCCUAUCAACAGCCGUGGACCGCGGCCAUGGGAGGCCUCUCAGGAGUCCUAGCGUUCUGGACUUUGGUUACACACAUCAUGUACCUGCAGGACUACUGGCGCACCUGGCUCAAAGGGCUCCGCUUCUUCAUCUGCGUCGGUCUGCUCUUCUCAACCUUCGCAGUGACGGCCUUCAUCACCUUCCUAACUCUCGCCAUCACAAACAAACAAUCUCUUUCGGACCCGAGGAGCCUCUUCCUCUCCUGCGUGUGGAGCUUCCUGACUCUCAAAUGGUCCUUACUCUUGGCCUUGUAUUCGUACAGAUACCGGCAGGAGUUUGCAGACAUCAGCAUCCUCAGCGACUUCUAAUAGCACUGACUUUAUAGACUGUGGUGGACUUUGAAGGUUGGUGGGUUGCCAGUGGAAACUGGUCCAAGAGCUUUUGUAACAAAGGAGGAAAAAGACAUGACUAGUUUAGAAAGUCAUCUGAUUCAUAUCACGUGGACUUACAAGCGUUGAACUUGCUUAACAAGCUCUGUAUUUGUAUUGUAACUUGUUCUCCUGCUUUCCGUGACCCACAUAUAUUCCCCUAAACUGUCGUAAGUCUAAAGCCGAGGCUGGAGCUGGUAGGGAUCAAAGAUGUGAAAUGUUGGUGGAUUUUCAAAGAGGUUUUAUCGUAAUAUUGUGUAAACCGCAGAUAUAUGAAAUGAAACAGCCACUAAUUCAAUGAGUAGUUGUUAGACAUAAAUCAAAAGCUGGUGGCUAAGCCUGGUCCCUGGGAGCCCCCCUCCUGCCUGCCUUCCACCUCUCCCUGCCUCACCCAAGGUGAUCACUCAGAUCGGCUGCGUUCAGUCAGUCACACGUGGCUGUGGAAGCAAGCGGCACAGAGGCUGUUCUAAACCGAAACUACCACCUGAAGCAACUGCUAAUACUCGGCUGACUGUGUACGUUCGGGUGCUUGAAGAGACCUUUUUCCUGGCUGCAGUUCUAAACCGCACACACUAUUCACGUUCACCGUCAUCGCGUGUGCAUAUUUAAUCUUUUAACUGCAUUUAUCACAACUGGAGCAGUCGGCGAAAGCCUCAGUGGUGUAAUAACCUUUAUCGUCACCUUCUUUUAGAAAAGUCGUGUGAGGUGCACAUUAUCUUUCACUCAGAAGGUUUUUCGCCUGAGAAUGUUUAGUAUUUUUGUCGUGCCCAAAGAGAAGCAUCUCUGUGGAACUUGUGCUUUUCAUCAUUAGUUCCACCAGGGGGAGACUCGCUGUAUCUGUGGAGGCUCCACUUGAAAAUGGUGACAUUCCUCUUUAGAGAAAACACAAAUGAAUUGGAGAAAUAAUUGCACUUUAGUCGUGAUAUGCCAUCGUUUUGCACACAAAGCCUAAAACAAUGGAACAAAAUCAUGUUUUACACAUUGUCAUCUCUGUUUCACCCUUUUUAUUGUUGAAAUACACUAUUUAUAUGUAUCAUUUAGUUUACACUAUGAUUUAUGUAGUAAGUCAAGUUAAACUAGGCUUUGUUCAGUUCAGCUCUAUCCUAUGUGUGUCUUUCUCUAGAAGACAUGUAAAAUAGUUCUUUUUGAUGAAUGAAUGUGAUGAUGCUUUAUGUGUAUAGAGAAAAAAACUCAACCCAUUAAAGAUGCAUUUAUGGUUAAGUA